GAUGUGUGCUUCAAGAUUUUGCGAAAGGACAGCAGCAUUCCUAGAGCCAGAAAUGUUGUCAAAUGGUUGUUUGGCUGUUUUGAUGCACUGGAGAAACAAUAUCUUGAGGUUGUGUUCAUUGGGGUAAGUAAUUAAUUCAGUUAAGUGACAGUGGAAAGUACAGCUUAAGAACGAAACAGCGGCCGCCGACCUGAGCUUUGUUGUGCCGUCUAGGUAUACACCGAUCCCGACAAACCAAAUUGCAUCAUUGAGUCCUACAGUUUCAAGUUCAAGUACAGAGAGACAGGUCCAGAAAUGGAUAUACUGAGGACCAAUGGUGUCAAAUUGAAGGUGACAUUGGAAGACACCAAGAGAGCCACUGUGGUACUUAUCAGGCAGCUCUCCCUGCUCAUGCAGAACCUCAAUGUCCUUCCUGACCACAUCCACAUGAGCAUGAAGCUCUACUACUACGACAACGUCACACCGGCAAUCUACGAGCCGCCCGGCUUCAAGGAGGGUAGGUGCGACAGCCUGUGGUUCGAAGGCACGGCCGUGCACUUCGAAGUGGGCGACGUCCAGACGGCCUUGCACGCCUUUCACGUGCGAAUUUCCGCUGACACAAGUCGGAUCACGAAUCUUAGAGACAGAAAGAAGCCGAUCGAUACCAAGCCGACCGACGCCUCCGGGAAAGAAAACAUCGAGGGCCCCGGCGAGAUCGUGUGCGUCGACGAUGAGAAGCCCUUCGGAGACGAGUCGGCGCCGUUCAAAGAUCCCGAAAUCAAGAGAAAGGCAACAGCCAAACAGGAGACAAGAAUGAGAAGAAAACGUCAAGUGUUACCUUUAGCAGAAGGUCCACCAGCACAGUUGUUACGAAUGUCCGAUUCCUCGUUUGUCUUCUUACAAGACUGAAUUGCAAGCGAACAACACGCCAGUAUUUCAUUUCAAGACGUUUUCCUCGUUCUUUUUACUCGCUUGUCAACAGGCGGCCCACGUGUACUUGAAGUGGUGCACAUUUGGUGUCAUGCAAAUUGUUGUGGGACCUUUUCAGUUAGUGUUCAAUAAAUCGUUUCUAAGCAGCAACACA